GUUUGUAGAAAUUUUGGCAUCUUUGAUAAUGACAUGAGUUAAGAGACUGUUAAUUUCAAGUUCGGGUUACUCUUCAUCAACUAUUGGCACGUCAAAAAUGGUAAACUCAGUUUUGCGGCGUGCCACUGUGAUCGGAGCAAAAUACCAUUGCAAGCCCAAUUAUGAAGCCGAACCCAAGGCCACAUGACGUUUUUCAAUGCCGCCUCCGCUCUCUCCCAAGUCCAACAUAGGCAACCAAAAAUCCCCUACUACAAGAACCCAUAAAGAAAGAGAGAGUGGUUCUGCGAAUCAGAACGAAAGAAAGAAAACCAGAGGUCAAGAACCGCCAUGAGCGAUCACCACCAUCACCCGAGUCUGAGUCACCUUCGAACCACCUCCCAGCUAUUGAAGCAAACAACAUCGUCCUUCAAAUCGCAUCCAAUCGCAUUUUUCUUCCUCUCCCUCCUUCUAUUCUCCUUCCGCUCCUUCGUCGAUCACUGCUCCCUCCUCCUCACCUCAUUCAUAGACCGUGACCCUUCUCUCCACGCACUGCUUUCCCGUCUACCCCUUAACUCGAGUCCGAACGCUGACACGCGCCAUAGUUUCCCCUCCACGCGCCACCACUAUCGCCCCCACCGCCGUCCACCUUUUCUCCACCUCACGCGCGUCGGGACUCUCGACGACGACUUCUUCUCUACCGAAGACGAAGACCCCCACCGCCGCUCCAUCCUCGGCUUCCCCUUUCAAUCUCCGCCGAAUGGCACGGCUGUAUUUCUCUCUGGCUUUCACCCUUCUACGGGCUUUUCACAAUCUAUCCCCGACAACGGCCUUCUACUGCACCGGAUCAUCCGUCCUGAUGUCGUUUUUAGAUACCCAUCUGUUGAGAGCGGUGAUGAGAAUGAGAAAGAAACAGAUUACGAUGAUCCUAAUCGUCAUCUUGACCGGGAAAAUGAUUAUCAAGAGGAAAAGAACGGAAAAGAAUUGGAGAAAAUUGUGGAUUUCAGGAUGUUCUUGAAGGGGUUAGAGCUGGGUCGACGCGACGCCGCGGCUUUGUUCUUUCUGGUGAGUUUCUUGUCCGCUGCUUAUGGGUGGGUGAUUCUAGGGUUUACAGCGAUAUAUUCAUGGGUUUUAGGAGUCGUGUUUGUUACCGUGAUAAACGAUCUAAUUGGUAGGUUUUGUUCAUUUUUUGGGAUUGUUUGGGAUGGGUCAAGAUUAGGACUGAAGAGAGUAACUGGUUUCAUAUUGAUGAGGUGGGCAGUAAGAGACGCAUUGACCCAGCUCUUGGGACUAUGGUAUUUCGGCGAGAUUGAGGAUCAGUACUCUUUUCUGAGGCUCUUUGUGAGACUGAAAUUAAUGCCCUUUUCCGUUAUGUCACCGUGGAUUCGAGGUUUUGAGAAGGAGACUUCAGGGUUCUUGUUUACUUGGUUUUUGCUGGAUACUUUUGUGGGGUUCGUAUUUGCAGUGGAUGCUUGGGUUGCCAUUGUGGAUUCGAGGAGGACUGGGAGGGAGAUAGUGAAGGAAGGUUGUUAUUUGAUAUCCACCAUGUUAAAUCAGGCUAUACAGCUCAAGUGUUUUGAAGCUAUCCUUUGUGGGUCAUUUGCUAGGUGGAUAUUGGCCCGGGUCUUUUGGAAAUAUUUUGCUGCAGUUUUUCAGUCAGCCAUGGAGGUUUACUUCAUGGUGGCUUGGUUGAUAUUUUACUUAGCCGCAAGGUGUAAGGAUGCACAUAUGGAAGGAAGAAGAUUUGGCAGAAGAGAGUUGGAAGGCUUGGUUGAUGGCCAGAGAUGAUACUAAUGGUAGUCAGUGAUGGUCCUGGUUUGCAAGAGAUUACUUCAGUUGUAAUGCUAAAACUAGCAAUCAGACAGUGCUAUGUGUUCUCAUGUUUUGCUUUCCUGAUGGUUCAGCACUGCCAUUGUUUUGGUAUGGUCACCAACCAUGUGUUGUAUGUAUUUGUCAUGAGGCAAUAUACUUUUUUGUGUAUAUUAUCCACGAGAAUGCUUGUCUAUAUUUCAUUGCCAUCAUUGUUUUCAAACUCCUUGUUGGUAACCCUUUGAUUGGUGACCGUGCUAUAUGCAGUGAGAAUGGUAUUCAUUUAACUCAUUCUAAAUAUUCAGCAUGUUGUUGUACUA